GUAAAAGUCAAAUCGGGUUAGAAUCUUUGAAAUGCAAACCAGAUUGGAAUAAAAAAAAUGUGGCUUUAACAAAUUUCCAUUCAAAUGAAAUUGAAAUUCCCCCGCUGCAGCCUUGUGUCGCCGCCCUCCUGUCUCCUCUCAAACGUAUCUUGACUCCCUCCGGCAGUUUUGUCGUGGGUAAUAAGUGUGCUGGGAAGCCCUAGAUUUUCAGUAUCCACGUCUGGAGAUUUAGGGUUCUUACAAAUUAUAUUUAUUCGCGGGAAACCAGUUUCAGUCUCCCGAAACCCGGAGAUAUUGUCUCCGAGCUGAUCAGUGUGUCUGCACGCCGAUGUGUCUGCAGUUUCUCUAGAUUUGGUGUGCAACUGGGGCGAAUUUAGGUAAUGGACGGAAGGAGAAUUACGGCGAGUCCCCGGCCGUGCAUCGGCAGGCGAGUUGUGGCUAAGAAGCGACCUCGCAGUGGCAAGGAUGGGUUCGUGAACAGCGUCAGAAAGCUUCAGAGGAGGGAGAUCUCCUCUAAGCCUGACCGGGCUUUUAGCAUGAGCGAUUCCCAAGAGCGAUUUCGAAACAUUCGAUUACAGGAGGAAUAUGAUACCCAUGAUCCUAAAGGAUAUUGUUCAAUGGUGCUACCAUUUCUGAAGAAAAGGUCUAAGAUUAUUGAGAUAGUAGCUGCACGUGAUGUUGUCUUUGCUCUUGCCCAAUCUGGGGUCUGUGCGGCAUUUAGCCGAGAGAGCAACAAUAGGAUAUGUUAUCUGAACGUCAGUCCAGAUGAAGUGAUACGGAGUUUGUUCUUCAAUAAAAACAAUGAUUCGCUCAUCACUGUUUCAGUUUACGCUUCAGAUAAUUUUAGCUCUUUGAAGUGUCGCACCACUAGAAUCGAGUAUAUAAGAAGAGGUAAACCAGAUGCUGGAUUUGCUCUUUUUGAGUCUGAGUCAUUAAAAUGGCCUGGCUUUGUAGAGUUUGACGAUGUAAACGGGAAAGUGCUGACCUACUCUGCGCAAGACAGCAUAUACAAGGUAUUUGACCUGAAGAAUUAUACGAUGUUAUACUCUAUAUCAGAUAAAAAUGUUGAAGAGAUUAAAAUCAGUCCAGGAAUUAUGUUAUUAAUAUUCACCAAAGCAAGUUGCUAUGUUCCUCUAAAGAUUCUCUCCAUUGAGGAUGGUACUGUCCUAAAAUCUUUCAACCAUCUGCUUCAUCGUAAUAAGAAGGUUGACUUCAUUGAACAGUUCAAUGAAAAACUACUUGUCAAGCAAGAAAAUGAGAAUCUUCAAAUUCUGGAUGUUCGCAAUUCUGAGUUGACAGAGGUCAGCAGGACCGAGUUCAUGACGCCGUCGGCUUUCAUAUUUCUUUAUGAGAACCAGCUGUUCUUGACAUUCAGAAACAGGACAGUUGCCGUUUGGAACUUCCGUGGGGAGUUGGUAACAUCAUUUGAGGAUCACCUUUUAUGGCAUCCUGACUGUAAUACUAACAACAUUUACAUCACUAGUGACCAGGACCUAAUCAUAUCAUACUGCAAAGCUGAUUCUGAUGACCCUCUAUCUGAAGGAACUGCUGGUUCCAUCAACAUCAGUAAUAUUUUGACAGGAAAAUGCCUUUCUAAAGUCAAAGCGACCAAUGCUAUUACUCGUAGCAGUUGCAAUUGUAGCAACGGUUGUGGGGCUAGAAGCUGCAAGUCCAAACAUGUCCAUACAUCUAGAAUUAGGAGCAGUGUAUCGGAAGCUCUAGAUGACAUCACUGCUCUCUUUUAUGAUGAAGAGCGGAAUGAAAUCUACACUGGGAACAGACUUGGGCUUGUACACGUCUGGUCUAACUAACUCCUUUUUGACCUUUUCCAUUUUCAUCCAUCCUAGAAAUCGUAUUGGCUGCACUUUUACCAUAUAGUGUGUGACUGUAUAUUUGGUGUGUUGGGUGGUUAUAGAUGAGAGCUCAUGUAAACUUAGAGCUAUCUAUGGAGUCUUCUGAAUUGUUGGGUUAAUUUGGUCCCCUUAAUUUUGUGGUAUAGCCAUUAUAAUGAUUUACUAGUAAGAUGUAUUGUAUUGAAACCUGCACAAUUCAAGUGCUUAUAGAAUUGCCAUAUGUUGCUCUAAUUUAUCAACAUAGC